ACAUGGCUUCUGUCAGAGGUACGGAUAGCCAGCCAAAAUAGUUAGCCAACAACGAAAGGGUUGUUUUUCUUUCGGUUUAACUUCGUUGUUCAACUUUUAAAUCAUUAUUAAUAAGCAGCCGGUUAUCUGGAGAUGCUUUGUUGGUCUUGAUCAUUUAGCUCGGCACCAUUGUAGUUGGUCUCCGCGUUAGUUAAAACUGAAGAAGGGGACAAUGACUGCGAGUACGGCCGGAACAGGUACCUGUCUUGCCGCAAAAGGUUUGGACAUCAGUCUUGCCGCUUUGCAGAGACAAGAUCCUUACAUCAACAACAUAGUAGACGUCGCUAGUCAAGUGGCUUUGUACACCUUCAGCAGCAGAGCAAAUGAAUGGGAGAAGACGGAUGUGGAAGGAACAUUAUUUGUGUACACAAGGUUAGCCUCUCCCAGGCAUGGCUUCACCAUCAUGAACCGCCUGAGCAUGGACAACCUGACUGAACCCAUCACCAAGGACCUGGACUUCCAGUUGCAGGACCCCUUCCUGCUCUACAGGAAUGCCCGCUUGACCAUCUAUGGGAUCUGGUUCUACGACAAGGAGGACUGUCUGCGCAUCGCCACGCUCAUGAAGAAUCUGACCACCCAGGAGCAGCUGUUAGCCCAGCAGGGCGGCGCCGUUUCCCCCAGAGCCCUCCACAACGAGGACAGCAAGGCGGUCGACAUCCUGCACAUGCUGACCAAAGCCAGAAACGAGUAUGACAAGGGAAAGCCCAGCUCCGAGCCCAAGGAGAUCGCCAGCAGCAGCCUGCUCUACAACAACCCCAACCUGAUCAAGCCGAUUCCAGUCAAGCCGUUAGAGAGGCAGCAGAGUCCCCAGCAUCCCGCGCAGGUACACCAGGUGUGCCAAGUAUCCCAGGACAGUGACCCGGAGCCCAGGCACCUCUCAGUAGCUGCACUUUUUGGGGCGCAGUCUCACCCGGAACACAUCUCCCCUCAUGUCGGGUCAGGGGGUGUGAAGCCAGUGGGGGUCCGGCCAGCGGUGGCCCGCUCCCUGUCCUAUGAGGAGCCGGUGAGGCUGGGGGGGGUGGGGCCGGUUUCGGAGAGCCCCCCUCAGCACUGCCCGGCCAUCCAGAAGCUGAUGAGCGGGCAGAGAGGGGCGGAGCUCCUGCAGCCUGUGUCCGAGUCCCCUGAGAACCGGCUGUGUGAGAACGGGGGUCACCCCGCCGCACACCACCACUGCCAGGGCCGGGACCCCCUGCAGAGACUGUUCCACCCCGCGCCGGCCGCACCCUGCUGCUCCCAGCAGCCCCCCCUGCUGCACGGCCUCCAGCCGGCCCCGCCCGACCCCGCCCACCCGGCCAAGCCCCUGUUCCUGAGCCCUGCCAAGCCCCCCCAGCCCACGGGUGUGGUCUCCCCCCACGAGCUGCUGCAGCGGCUGCAGCUGGUGCAGCAGGAGCAGGCCCUGGCCCCCGAGCCGGUCCGCCCCACCCUCGCCCCCCGCUUCCAGGACCCCGUCCUGCAGCCCCACCCACACCACCUGCCCGCCAAUCCCGGCCUGAUGGCGUCGGACAAGCCACACCCCCUGUUCCAGGGUGUCUCUCCGCAGCGAGUCCCCGUCACGGUGGCCCCCUCCCUCCUCAUGUCCCCCAUGGUCUUCACCCAAACCAAGCCAGCCAAAAGCCCCCCUCCUGCCGAGGACCCCAGAACCCUGACCAAAAGCCAGCUCCAGGCCACCCUGCUGCACCUCAUCCAGAAUGAUGCGGCUUUCCUGGAUACCAUCUAUAAGGCUUACAUCUCCGGCUUCAAAGACUCAGUUACGAAAAAGCUGUAACCCCCUCAUCUCGGGGGUAAGGCAGUACAAUCAUUUGUAAAUGAGUCCACUUGCUGAUCUGGUAGAAUGGCCUUCCGUGUGUGAGUACCAGUAUACAGAAACUUUUAUCAAAAUCAGGCUUUACGGCGCUCAAACAUUUUGAAGUUUUUUUUAAGGGUUUGGUUUUAUGCUGAUGGUAAUUAAGCACUGAAAUUGAAGUGAGAAGCGUAGGAAUUUGCAGUGGCAGCUGUUUUUCAUUUCUGUCCUUUGCGUUUAUUUAAGACUGAGAUGUCUUAAAGUCCUCUGCCUCUGAAGUCUUACAGAGCGUUAGCUGAUUGCCCGCUCCUCUUUCCUGUGGCUGAGACGCGUCAAUGUGCUCAGGUGCGUCAGUGACUGAGGCGUGUCAGUGUGUAGAAGUGCAUCAUUGAGUGGAGUGUGUCAGUGUGACUGAGGUGUG